AGAACAACAAGCAUCCCCAUUUCCUUUCUUCCUUCCCCCCUCCUCCUUUGUUCCUUUCUUCGAUCCAAAAACCAACAAUGGCAGUGGCGAAUCUGCAGCGGUUGUCCUCUCAAGUGCAACGUCUCCCCUCCCUUUCCUUCUUCUCGAAAUCCCUAAUCUCGCGCUCCACUGCCACCUCGUCCUCCUCGAAGAAGGUCUCGGACCGCAUCGUGAGGCUCUCGGCGAUCGAUUUCGAGGGCAAGAAACACGAGGUGGUGGGCCUGGCGGGCCACACCCUCCUGAAGGCCCUAAUCAACACGGGCCUGAUCGACCCGGACUCCCACCGCCUGGAAGAGAUCGACGCCUGCUCCGCCCACUGUGAGGUCAACAUCGCCCAAGAGUGGCUCGACAAGCUUCCCCCUCGCACCUACGACGAGGAAUACGUCCUCGUUCGGAAUUCCCGAGCCAGGGUCCUCAACAAACACUCCAGGCUCGGAUGCCAGGUCCUCCUCGACCACAACCUCCAAGGUAUGGUCGUUGCCCUUCCCGAACCUAAGCCCUGGGACACUUCCUAAGCCUCGUCAUCCCAAACCUCGCCUUUUUUUUUCUCCGUCCUUCUCAAUAAUGUAAGAACAGAGCCCAAAAGAACUCGUUGAACCAAUUAUUAUUGUUAUAUUUUGAGUGUUUUAUAGUGCCAGUAAUUGGCAUGUUAUUAAUUACUGUUUGCGAUCC